AUGCAGCGAUGGCCGUGCAGACGGUGUUGUCGCGCGGCAACGUUGGGAUCGCGCACCUUUGUGCUUGUGCGCCGUCGUGCGCCGAGCGCCUUCAUCACCACGGCGUCCCACGCGUCCUCCGGCGCAGCGCCGCCGUGGACAGUCGCGCAUCAGCGCGUUUGUAUUAUCAUUCCGCCGGUGGAAAAGCUGACGACACCACCGAGUCCGCGGCUGUCGCGCCGCUACGUCGACUCGCAGACUCUGGACGACAGUAGAACGCAGCAGGCGGAUGCACAGGAGCCUGAUCAUUUUCGGUUUGCCAUCAAGAACAGCGAGAGGGGACUGCUCGACCACGGCGUCACCCCCGACGCAAUCGCCUUCAUUGCUGAGGCCGAGGAGGAGUACCGGGCAAGCUCGUCCUACCUGCACGACCGACCCGGUGGCGCUGGCAUGCCUGAGUCGGAGACGCACGUGGAUGAAGUGACGGGUCAGCAGACUACCACAACCCGGAUUGCAGCGCCGUUCGGGGAGACCUACGUACCCUCCAAUCGAGAGCGGUUUGCGGAGCGGCAGCGCGUGGGCGAGCUGAGUCGGCAGCUCAACCUCGUCGACAAGCCAUUUAUGCUGGACGAGCAUGCGCAGCUGAACCUGCGAAAGGAGCGUCAGCUGUGCGAGCUGCUAGCCUCUCCCAUGCCCCAGCUUGCGAAAGCGGACGAGGUGGCGCACUUUCUGCUUAAUGGCGUCUACGCACAGAACCUGGCACUGCAGCCACGGUCGUGUGAGUCGGUAAUGUUGCUCUACUCUCACGCGAGUUUUCUCCGUCGGCUGGAGGGGCCAACGAAGCAGCUGACGGGCCGCGCGCACGACGCAGCCCGACUGGCAGCCCCGUCUAGCGGGGCAGACACCCGUGCAGUGCCGCGGACGCCGCAGGAUGUCCCGUUUCUGGAUGACAUGCGGCGCCUGUACACCCAUCAGAAGCGCUGCUUUAUCAGUCCGACACCCCUUUCACUGGAGCACUUCAUGACAACACUCAGCGUCAUUACGGCACCGAGCACGACCGCCUUCCAUCUCGCCAACCGACUUCUCCUCGAUGCGGACAAGUUUGUUCUACUGCCGACGCGCACGACUUACACCGCAUACUUUACCGUAUGCCACGUGAACAACGCGAUGCAGUUCGCGAUGGCGCGUUACACGGACGCCGUGCAAGCGCUGCAGCUUCCCGUCGACGCGCCAAUGCUGACGGCGCUGCUGAAGGGCUUGAACGAGAGCGGCUACGUGGAGGAAGCGGUUUCGCUGCUGUCGCGAAUAGGGCACGUGGCGGUGUCCACGCCGCUGCUGAAUGCGUCGCUGGAGACGCUGUUGCUCUCGGAGCAGGCGCUCGCAUGCUUCUCCCUCUACGAUGCUAUGCGUGGGUCCUCGGUGAAGCCGAACGCAGAGACGUAUACGCUGUUGUUGCUCGCUUGUGAGAAGUCGCAGCAGUGGCGCCGUGUGACGGCGAUCCUUGCUGAGAUGCAACGCCGCCGUGUGCGUGGCAAUGAGCAGACGCUAAACCUGCUGCUAAAGGGCCUGCUGCAGGAGCGGCUGCACAGUUAUGCGGCCCAGCUGUAUCACACGAUGCUGGCGAAGAAGGUGCCCUUGUGGCCAGCGCUAGAGCUCGGUGUGCGGCCGCUGCUGCGGUAA